AGUUCUCUGUGUCUUUAAAAUAUUCUCUCUCUCUUCCUCAAGAGUCUUCGUUCUCUGUGUGUCUCUCUCUCUCUCUCACCUUUUCCCAAAUCAACAAUGUCGUCUCUCAUAAUUUCAACCUAUUUUAAUCUCAACAAUCACACUAUUUUAAAGAUAGAUCCGCAGAGAAUGGGGAACGAACCCGUUCACCAACACUCUGAUCUCUGUGCCUUAAUGGCUACCCCUUUCUCUCUUUCUCUUUUCUCUCUGUUUCCUCUUUUUUGCCCUAAUCUAUGGUUUCUUCCACCCAUGGAGAAUCCUACCGCAAAAUAAAUUCGCUUUCUAGACGACCCCUUUGGAUUUCAUUGCUUCUUCUAUUACGGUCGGCCGUGGCUUCUCUGAUAACUUUCGUGGUUUAAUACUUGCCAGGAUUUUGUGUCGAUGUCAAACGAGGACGAAGGAGAGGGUUUACAUAGUCCUGAUGGGGGUACUUGUAAUGAGACCUGGAUUAGAUUUUCUUCCAACCAAGGUAGAAAUGAUGGUUCGUCCCAUGGAGAACCUCAGGAUGCAGAUUAUUCUUACGUUUCUUCGCUCAAUGAUGAGUUAGCUCUUCUUAUCUUGGCGAGGAUUCCGCGAUCAGAUCAUAGGAAGCUUUGCUUUGUAAACAAGCGAUAUCUGGCUCUGUUUAAGAGCGGCGAGCUCUAUAAGAUCAGGAGAGCUUAUGGGAUUAAGGAGGCUUCGGUUUUUAUGUUGGCCUGUGGAGAGCGACAUUGGUGGGCGUUCGAUCGGAAAUUCAAUUCUUGCCGGAAGCUCCCUGUCUUGCCGUCGGACGGUUGCUUUGCCUCCGGCGACAAGGAGUCGCUCUGUGUAGGAACCCACUUGCUUGUUUCAGGCAAGGAGUUCGAAGGUAUGGCUAUUUGGAGGUACGAAUUGGUGACGAACAGAUGGUUUAAGGGUCCUUCCAUGAUCAAUCCAAGGUGCUUGUUUGCGUCUGCCAACUGCGGUGACGUGGCUUGUGUUGCAGGUGGGAUUGCGAUGAGCGCCAGGGGAACGGAGGUUUUAAACACUGCUGAGAAAUAUAAUCCUGAGGCCAAAUCAUGGGUUUCUCUUCCCCGUAUGAAGGAACGGAGAAAGCUCUGUUCAGGCUGCUUCAUGGAUAACAAGUUCUUUGUGAUUGGUGGGCACAAUGAAAGAGGGGUUGAUCUCACAUGUGGGGAAGUCUAUGAUGCCGAGAAGAACACCUGGAAAUUAAUUCCAAACAUGUUGGAGAAUGCUCCAGUUUUAACUCCUUCAGCUUCCAGGUCUCCACCACUUGUUGCAGUUGUGAACAACGAGCUCUAUUCUUUAGAACCGUCCUCGAAUCAACUGAAAGUGUAUAUGAAGAAUACCAAUUCAUGGAGGUAUUUGGGUGAAUCCCCUGUGAGAGCUGAUCAGAGUAGAGGAUGGGGUGUUGCUUUUAAGUCUCUGGGUGAUGCUCUUCUUGUAAUUGGUGGGACUAGUCCUCAUGGAGGCAAUGGGAUGACCAUAUAUAGUUGCUGCCCUGAUUCAAACGAUCCUGGGAAUUUAAAGUGGAGGUUUCUUGGCAGUGGAGGUAACAGGAUGAGUCACUUCAUUUUAAAUUGCUCUGUGAUGGUAGCUUGAAGUUUAAGCUUUCUGAGUCACUAGGGAAUAAAAGCUUAAGGUUGGUAAGCUCUACAAGAUCAAAUUAUCACAAGCUUGAUUCAGUUGGUUCAGUUGGUUGUGUUAUCUUAUACAUAUGCUUCUUUCUUCCUUGUGAUGUGUUCCUCAGUAGUCAGGAUGUUUGGGAUUCGAUUAACAUGUAACUCUGGAUUUUAUCUUUAUGUUAUGAAAGUUAUGAUUUCUCA